AUGUUUGGUGGGACAGCUUACUUGUGGGCGUGUGCAGUUAUUGCGCUCUCCUCUUCUGGCAGGAUAAUCGAUGCCCAGAUAGCAUACGAUGCAAUUGUCGUUGGCAGUGGACCUGGUGGUCUCGUUGCCGCGGAGUAUCUGUCGCGUGACCCGAGCGUCACCGUUCUGAUCGUGGAGGCCGGUCCAAAGUCUCUCGCGGCUACAGGAGGUACUGGUGCGAUUCCGGAAUACGCUAAGGGUCGUGGCAUCACGGCUUUCGACAUUCCAGGCGAGUACGAAAACGGCAUUUACACCCCCACUAUGUCGCCGUUUCGCGUCGACUGGCUCAACAACGACAACAUCUGGCUCGGUAAACUCGUCGGUGGCUGCUCCUCAAUCAAUGCUGCCUUGUACUUUCGUCCUCCAAAUGACUACGUCACAAAGACGCAGUGGCCGUUUUCGGUGGACUCGAUGAACGCCAAGAUGGAUGAAAACGAACUAUCGCAUGGCGUGACGGAGAAUCCAUCCACAGAUGGCAUAUGGUACCUUCAAGAAGGCUACAACAUUGUGGCCACGGCGUUCCGAGCUCAAGGUUAUUCGGAGAAAACGCUCAACGAUGCUGCAGCUCGCAACAGUAAAGACAAAACGUUUGGUCAUGCUCCGUUCGCCUUCAAGAACGGCCGUCGUGAUUCCCCUGCUGCCACGUUUUGGGGUAAGAUGAGCACGCGUAAAAACGUAAAGCUCGUAACGGAUACCAAGGUCGACUACAUCCUGCACACAGCCGGUAAAGCAACUGGUGUCGUGUACGGCGGUACCAGGGCCCAACUUUCACAGCGUGGUACCGUCAUCAUGGCAGCUGGUGCUCUGAGCACGCCAAUGGUGCUGAUUCAAAGUGGAAUUGGACCUGCUGACCAGCUGAACAUCCUGAAAGGGAAGAGCAACUUCCCUGGUGUCGGCCAAGGUGAUUUGAUCAGGAACCCUUACGUUGGUCGCAAUCUGUUUGACACAAACGGUGUCUUUGCUUCAUUUUCGCACCCGGACAUGAAAUCGUUCCACUUCAAGAGGUACCCAUCGGAAGCCAUCGACCAGUACAUGAACCGAAACAGCUCAGGUCCUUGGAGUACUUCGGGGCCGGUUCUGAUUGCGUACGAGAACUUUGACGUUCAGGGUCGCAUGUACGAAUUCCAGACAACGAUUCUACCGCACGGGUUUGGUCAGUUCGGCGGGGGCAACGAUGCCUUCACGGCCUCACUAUAUACGAACAACCCCGAGACUCGUACAAGCUGUGGAUUCGACACUAACGGUCUAUGGCAGCCAUAUAUGGAAGGGAGCACAUACUUCGGAACGGACCGCGAUUUGGUUGCCAUGCAGCAAUACGCCUAUCGGGUUGUGAGUGCCAUGACAGCUCAAGGUGCCACGUUUCUUUCGGGUGGAUCGAGUCCCGAAGGGGUCGCCGCGUGGGUGGCUGCCAACACUGGAUACAUCCUGCACCACUUUGGCGGUAGCUGCUACGCUUCGAGCGAUUCGUCAGCGUCAUCGAAGCGAUGUGCCGAUGAGAAGCUUCGAGUGUUGGGUACGAGCAACAUCUUUGUUGCGGAUGCCAGCGCCAUGCGUGACGGUACGGUGAACCCGUACGCAUUCAUCAUGUACAUCGGUCGAGAGGCUGGUGGACAGGCUGAAGCCUACAUUUCGAGUGGGGGUGCCGGUAGUGCAUCGUCGGUGCCGGUGCCGGUGCCAGUGCAAGGUGGCGGCUGUUCAAGCGUCGAGAAGGACGUUAACUAUACUGGCCCGGACGUUGGCAGCGCUAGAAUCAGCACUGUUGAUGGCUGUUGCACCAUUUGUAGGUCCUCGCGUGCCUGCAAAGCAUUCACGUGGACGGAUUACCAAGGCGGUACAUGCUGGUUGAAGAGCGCCAAGGGUGCUGCCGUCACAAGCCCGGGAGCUCAAUCGGCGCAACUCGUCUGA